CUAAACUGUUUCUACUAGGUGUUAAUUGGCAAGCAGAAAUUUCUAAGGAGAAAGGUGGUGCUACUUGAGGCAACUUCCAUUCACUGAAGGGGAUGCAUUUAUGAACAAAGCUUGAGAAGUUCCAGAGCAGAUACCAGCUUAUUCCAUCCACCAUGAUCCUGGAGAGAAUUAUCUGGAUCUGGAUCACCUUCUGUACUGCAUCUGUUAGAUCCCUGGCAGGGAAUAGCUGGAAGCAGGCAGCUGCCAGUCCCAUCAUCCAGCACAAACCAUUUGUUGUGGUGUGGAAUAUACCCACAGUCAGAUGUCAAGAGCAUUUUGGGAUCAGAUUACCUCUGGAUGUCUAUGGCAUUGUGGAGAACAAAGGCAAUGUGUUCCGUGGACAAAAUAUGACUAUUUUCUACAAAAACAAGUUUGGACUGUAUCCCUACAUAUCUCCACAGGGUGACUGGCAUAAUGGGGGGAUCCCUCAGAAGGUUAAUUUGAAGAAACAUCUAGAGAAAACCACUAAGGAAAUCACAGAACUUUUGAACAAUAACUUCCAAGGUCUGGCAGUAGUAGACUGGGAGGAAUGGCGACCUCUCUGGAGACGAAACUGGGCGCCCAAAAUGGUUUAUAGGGAGGCCUCUAAACAAUGGGUGAGGAAAAGAUUUCGUGGACUCUCUCCUGAGGAGCAAACUCACUUAGCUAAGGUAGAGUUUGAAGAGGCCGCACGGGUGCUGAUGGAGACUACUCUAGCUCUGGGAAAGAAGAUGAGGCCACAUGGUUUCUGGGGCUUCUACAGGUUUCCUGAUUGCUUCAAUAAAUGGGGGAAAGAGGAGAACUAUACUGGCCAAUGUAAUCCGAAGGAGGUCCUGUGGAAUGAUCAACUCAUGUGGUUGUGGAAAAUCUCCUCAGCCCUCUAUCCCAGUAUCUACCUUCCGCUGAAAGUACCAGCUUUGUACCGCCAGCAUUAUAUACAUCACCGUCUCGGAGAGGCAUUUCGUGUGGCACAUUUCGGCACAGAGCAUCCCCUUCCCGUGUUACCAUAUUCCAGGGUUUCCUACAGGCAUUCUUCAAAGUAUCUAACUGAGGCUGACCUGAUAAAUACAAUUGGAGAAAGUGCAGCACUUGGCAGUGCUGGGGUUGUACUCUGGGGCGACCUCUCCUACUCCAGGUCACUUGAGAGCUGCAAGAGUCUUCACCGUUACAUCACCACUACACUGGGACCUUACGUUGCUAAUGUGACUACAGCAGCAAACAGAUGUAGUCGCCAGCUGUGUCAUGGGAAUGGACGUUGUGUGAGACGCGACCUGAGUGAAUUAGGAGCCUUUCUCCAUCUGGACCCUCAGCUACGGGAAGGGGACCUUGGGAUGACAGAUUUUCAAGAACAAAAUGUGUCAAUGCAAGAUCGUUUUCAGUGUCAAUGCUAUCUAAAGUGGGCGGGCACCCACUGUGAGAGGCCACAGACGAUAGAGUCCUUUGAGAUGCCAAAACCUAACCAAGCUUCACAUUAUAACAAUGUAUAUGAUGCAGUGUAUGAUGGUGACUUUGACUUGGGAUCAAAUAUCUGUCCUACCUCAAUUCAUAGUAAAGAAACAGAAAGGUAA